AUGUCAAUAGUGGCCUCAUUUGUUUCCGAAUGUGCUCGGAGCGGGCGUUGGAUUAGAGGGCUUUUGGCGCUUCAUGGGAGUCUCACCUCUAAGGAAAUAGAUAUUUCCAAAGCAAGAAUUCAGUUGGCGACAACAAUUCUUGACAAACACUGGUGCACCGCAUUAGAUUUGGUACGACCGAGUGACAUUUCUUACGUGGAUGAACUAUGUCACUUUAUUUAUGAAUGCUCUAGGAGUGCUUCUGUACCUUCAGAUCUCUUUUUUCACACUGUUAAAGUAUUUCUCCAGGCCACAAGAGAGAAUAACGAGACGCAAAACCAGCUCUUUGUUUCGGCAAUCAACUGGACAUCAUGGAAUCAGGCGCUACAGUUUUUUACCAUGUUGAAGUCCCCAGAGGGACGAAGCAUCCAAGAACUAUCUGAUUGGCUUAGACUUAGUCGCAUGUUUGGCAGUAAUGACAAGAGACAUAUCAUAAAUACCGCUCUUGCGCAAUUGCAUUUCACUGAUCCAAAUAAGCUGAAUGUGAAAACUCGAACUAAUCUGAAUCUGAAAAGGGAGAUACCAUUCUUUUUAGCACCGAGUCAGCAAGAAAAACAUGGAUUAGCUAAUGUGUUGAAUUCAUUAAAAUCAACUGAGUAUCUCAGCAUGGCAUCGGUAAUGAGAAUUGCAACGGCAACGCUACGUGGGGAAAAUGUUUCGUGGAAACUAGCCCUUUCCCUUGUUUCGAAACAUCGAGUUGUGAAGGAUUCGAAUGAACUGUUUGCCAAACUGAUCGGAGUCUGUUGUCCGCAAAACUGGUUAGUUGCUCUUGAUUAUUUUGAGUUGAAUGGGAAAACCGCCUUGUGGCUUGCUUCAUGUCAGAGUUGGAAAGCAGGUUUAAUAUUGGCGCAAUCAAACCUGUUACCAAGUCGUGAGGCAUACGAUAUUCUGAGUCGAUCUGUCAUUCCCAACACAGAGUCAAGAAAACUUAUUACUGUCACUGGAGCGAGUAGACGAAUUGAUAGUCCCAGCAAAAAGGCAAUUGCCGCAUCGCUAGCGAGCGGAUAUCUUCUUGAGGAAAUUCAGUUGAGUCCGUUUUCGAAGGCCUGCCAUCGCACAGGAGAUUGGGAGUCUGCUUUGUUCCUCUUUAAUCGCAUUGGCACAAAUGAAUUUCAGCGGCGCGCCAUUUCCUCUCUUUUAGAAUCCUGUCCAAAUAUUACGAUGGAGCAGGUACUUGGACUGGUGAGUACACGUCACCCUGCGAGCAUUUCAACAACCUCCAUGAUGAUAAAACACUCCAAUAGUUGGCUUCAGGCUCUAAAUAUUAUGCGUCACGUAAUGGCACGGGGGGGGCGAUGUAAUCCGCAGGUGCUGAGCGCCUUUAUGGAUCUCAAUCCACCGUUUAGUGUUCUCUCGCAGGUACUCAAAAAACUUAAGCAUGCGACAAAUGAAGGUAUUCGUCGUCGUCUCAAGUCACUGGAGAAUGAUGGCUUGUCUCGGUAA